UAUUUGUGUGCCGGUAUUUAAGGUCAGGACCAGAAGAACCCUAGCCACCACCUCUCCAUCCCCAUCAAAACCCUAACCACUUCGAUCCUUUUGGCUCUGCCGCGCUCCCGCCCCGCCACGCCACGCCACGCCCCAACCAUGGACAGGUACCAGAAGGUGGAGAAGCCGCGGCCAGAGUCGGCCAUUAAUGAGAACGAGAUUCGAAUCACCGGCCAGGGUGUGAUCCGAAACUACGUCAGCUACGCCACGAGCCUUCUCCAGGAAAAACAUAUAAGGGAGAUUGUCUUAAAGGCAAUGGGGCAAGCAAUAAGCAAAGCAGUAGCUAUUGCAGAGAUUAUCAAGAAAAGGAUGCCUGGGCUAUAUCAGGAAACACAAAUCAGUUCAGUUAGCAUCACUGAUGUUUGGGAACCAAUUGAAGAGGGUCUUGUACCUUUGGAGAUGGUACGCCAUGUUUCAAUGAUUUCAAUAUCUUUGUCAACUAGAGAGCUUAACAAGAAUUCCCCUGGGUAUCAAGCUCCCUCACAUCUUGAACAGCCAAGGUAUCAGCAAAGAUACCAACAACGCCAACAGUCUCAACCACAGCAGCAAUUUCAAUCAAACCAAGCACAAGGCCAGCUUAAUGAAGAUUCUUAUGCCCAACGUGGAAGAGGAAGGGGUAGAGGUAGAGGAAGAGGGUGGGGAAGAGGAUAUGGUGGUGGCUAUGGUGGAUAUGACAACAGUCAAGGUCGGUAUGCUGGUUAUGGAGGAAACAAUCAAGUUGGCUAUGGUGGUUAUGGAUACAACCAAGGUGGAUAUGGUGGAUACCAAGAAAAUGGUGGAUGGAACUCUAAUUGGGGUCGAGGUGGUGGACGUGGUAGAAGCAAUUGGAGUUAUCGUGGCGGAGCAUAUGGUGGUGGAGACCGAAUGACAGGCGGAGCAUAUGGCGGUGGAGAUCGAAUGACAGGUGGAGCAUAUGGCGGAGGAGACCGAAUGUCAGGCGGAGCAUAUGGUGGAGACCGAAUGACAGGCGGAGCAUAUGGCGGAGGAGACCGAAUGACAGGUGGAGCAUAUGGCGGAGACCGAAUGCCCGGUGGAAGGGCAGGAGGGGGGAGGGGUUAUGGUAAUGUUCGAGGAAGGAUGAUGGGUGGUGGACGAGGCAGGAUGGGCGGCCGAGGGAGAGCGAACCAGUUUUGAUGCCCUAAUUGUGUUUUGCACAUGUUCCAUCUUUUGCCAGUUAAUGUAGGAAAAGAAUGCUCUUUUUUGGGCUCUUAACUGUGUUGCAAUCGCAACAAAAUCGUGUGCUUUCAAGGCAAGAUGUUUAUGUUGAUUGCUCAUUAUGAUUCUGUAAUCCUCAUAAUCGUGGAGUUUGUGCUGUAAGCUUUCUCCAUAUCUUUUGUUCAUAUAACUCGUUUAUUUUGACAAUUCUAGUUCUCACACUGAGUCUUCUGUU